AAAAAAAAGAGAGAACCAAAUAAAAAAAAGAAGAAGUAAAAACAUUGAGCGUCUCCGGACAUCAAACUCUAAUUAGGGCAUAGAGUCUUGUCGGAGAAAGAAGCAAUGGGAAGAAGAAAAGUGGAGAUCAAACGAAUCGAAAACAAAAGCAGUCGACAAGUCACUUUCUCUAAACGACGCAAUGGUCUCAUUGAGAAAGCUAGACAGCUUUCGGUUCUUUGUGAAUCUUCAGUCGCUGUUCUUGUCGUCUCCGCAACCGGGAAACUUUACAACUCCUCUUCCGGCGAUAACAUGUCCAAGAUCAUCGAUCGCUAUCAGAUACAACGAGCUGAUGACUUUAAAACUUUGGAUCUUGAGGAAAAAACUCGGAAUUAUCUUCCACAUAAGGAGUUACUAAAACUAGUGCAAAGCAACCUUGAAGAAGCAAAUGUCGAUUCUCUAAUUUCGCUGGAGGAGCAGCUCGAGACUGCUCUGUAUGUAACUAGAGCUACAAAGACAAAAUUAAUGAUGGAGCUUGUUAAGACCCGUGGAGAAGAGGAGAAGUUGCUGAUAGAAGAGAACCUGGUUCUCGCUAGACGGGUAACAGAGAUUGGGAAGCAGAUGUUCAUAGUAACACCGGAUGAGACAGGAAUGUUACUGGAAUAUAGCUCCGGUCACAAUCCACCACCGGAAACUCUCUCGCUGCUCAAGUAACCAUCAUGAUCAACGGUUGAGUUUUCAACUUAACUCAAAGCCUGAUUCGGAUUUAGAAAUAAAAAAGUUGUAAAGUCUGCAUAAUCUCAAAACAAACAAACGGGGGCUCUCUUUUCUGAAAUUAAAGAACUGUAGAACUAAGAUAGAGGUAUCGAUAUUUGUUGUGCCUUCGUAGACAAGAUCAGAGUUCAUGUAUUUGUGUUUUUCUCUUAGAGCACGGACUGAUAAAACUUUUGCUUUUCCUUAAGCGAGAAUAGCCCUAAAUCAGCUUAUUUAUUCUCCUUUUUCCUUAGCUAGGUUCUUGAUUACUUUUCUAACGUUGCGAGGCAAAU